CCAUGUCUCUCAUUUGGUACCAUGUUCCUCCUUCACCAAUAAUUCAAGUAACCAACUCAUAGUUUUUGGAUCACCUUUUAUCUAUAUAUAUUCACUUCUUCAAGCAUUUAGGAUCAUAACAAAUCAUUCACAUCUGAAAGCAUUCAAAAUUCCCAAGACUUCUCUUGAAACCGUUGUUAUAUUCUCAAAUCCACACAACAAUGGGGUUUCGUUUACCUGUUAUCAGAAAGGCCUUAUUUGCAGCAAAUCAAGCAUCUUCGAAAGCAGUGGAUGCACAAAAGGGCCAUCUUGCAGUCUAUGUUGGAGAGAAAAUGAAGCGGUUUGUGAUCCCUGUGUCGUUCUUGAACCAACCUUCAUUCCAGGACUUGUUGAGUAAAGCUGAAGAAGAGUUUGGAUAUGAUCAUCCCAUGGGUGGCCUCACAAUUCCUUGCAGCGAAGAUGUUUUCUUAAGCAUAACAUCUUGCUUGAAUUGACCUUAAAUCUCACACUUUAGGAGACCGGCAUAGAUUAGCGGAGAAAUUUUGUACAAUAGGCCAUUUCUUAGCUUGUAUAUGUUUCCCUUUCGCAAGAAAGAGGGAAUAGAAACUGAAUGACAAAAUCAAAUUAUAUAAUUCUUUUGUUUAUAUGCCAUGAAUUCAAUCACUAGAACAUCUUUCCGUA